AUGAGUGGUUAUAAACAGUUUGAUGAGAUUGAACCUUAUAGAUAAAGAAUUCGAGAGCUUGAAGGUUAACUAUAGAGAAUGGAUGUUAGAUUUAGUAAUGUUCUAACACAUACUGGGAAAGCUGACACACAAUUGAAUAACGAUUUACAUGUAGAAUUAGAGAAGAUGACAAAAUAAAUGAUAUAGAAGAGAAGUGAAGCUGAAUUAUGGAAGUAGAAAUAUGAAUAAUAACUAUCAUCAACAAUGUAGAUGAGAAACAAUUAUGAAUUAGAAUUAUAAUAAUUAUCAAAGGAAGUUUAAAGGUUAUUGGACAAGGUAGAUCAAUUUGAAUAUGAAAAAAGAUUGAAUGAUAAAUAAUUAGUUAGAGAGACUUUAUAAGAUAAGGAUUUAGAGAUUGAUGAUUUAUUGAGUAAAUUAUAGAGAAUGAGAUUAGAACAUGAAAAUGAAUCAUAAAGACUUUUGAAUGAGAAUGAUAAUUUAAGACAUAAGAUAAAUUAAAUUGAGUUGGAAAGAUAAAAGUAUGAUUUUAUUUAGAUUAUAUAAUAGAGAGCUUGAAUAAAUGAGAUUUAAGAUAGAAACAUUCCAUUCUUAAAAUUUGGAUAAUCUAAGAAAAACUCAUUAGAGUCAAAUUUCAGUUGUUGAAUCAGAAAUAGAUAAAUUAAGAGGAUUAUUAGAAAUAAAAAAUAAUGAAAUUGAAACUUUGCUUUCUUAAAAUAUGAAGUUGAAAGGUUCUUAUGAGAAUUAAUUAAAUGAAUUAAAUAUUUAAUUUGAUACAUAAAAAUCUAAAUAUUAGAAAUAAGAAAUAAUACAUAGAGAUCAAUUAGCAUAGUUAUAAUAAUAAUUAUUAGAUGAAUAAAAGUUUAAUUUAUAAUCUUUAAGUAAAAAUUAUGAAUAAAGUAUGACUACUUUAGAAAAAGAAAUCUCAACAUACUAAAAAAAGAAUGAAGCUUAAUCAAAAGAAAUAUAAGAUUUAAUUUCAGAAAGGUAAUAAUUAAGAGAUAAUUAUGAGAGAUAGUUUGAAUUAUUAAAGAAAGAUAAUGAGAUUUUGAAAUCGAGAUAAACUUAAUUUGAAUAAUUAAAGUUAAAGGAUAUGUAAUAGAUAGAAUCAGAAUUAAUAUAAACAAAAUAAUCAUAAAUUGAAGUUGAAAGUGUUUAUAGAUAAUAAGUAGUUAAAUUAGAAAAUGAAUUAUAACUCUGUUAAGAGUAAGAAAAUGUUAAGAAUAAGGAAGUAGAAACUUAGAUUCAAUAAUUUAUAUUAAUAAAAUAAGCAUUGGAAGAAGAUUUAUAACAUUUAAGAUAGUAAAAUUAAACUUUAAAUGAAUAAAUAAAAGAAUUAGAAAAGAUAGCUUCAUUUGAAUAAGAAGAAUGGAAAGUUAAAUGGUAAUAAACUGAAUUCAUAUUGAAAGAUAAAAUUCGAAGUCUUGAAAAUAAAGUUGAUAUUUUAUAAUAAGAAUUGAGAAAAUAAAAAGAAUUAACUGAUUCUCAAAUUAAAUAAAUUCCAGAAAGAGAAUUUAAAGUUUUAAUUGAUGAGAAUGAAUAAUUAAAAACAAGAUUGGUAUUGUAAGAAAGAGAUAAGUUGAAAGAGAGAGAAGAUCUAAGGAUAAAAUUAGAAUAGUCGCAUCAUUAUUAAAUUGAAAAUUUGAAAGCAGCCUUUAAUACUUAAAUAAGAAUUCUUGAUUAGGAAAACAAAGAUGCAAAAAAUAUAAUUUAACAAAAAGAAAAUUCAAUUUAAGAAUUAUUAAGAAAAUAUGAAAAUUUGGAAACUGCAUAUAGUGGUUAAACAAUUGGACCAUAAGAAUAAGCAUCUAAAAAUAUAUAUUAAGCAUAUAUUCGUUCAUCAAAUAGACAGUCAUCAUUACGUAAAUAAUAAUGA